AUCUUGAUCAUGGAGAGGCCCUCAAAGGGAGUGUCUUUCCUUCUGCUCCUCUGUUGGCUGGGGGUUUCCUGGGAGGCCCGUCUUCCCCGCCCUCUCACCUCUUCCAAUGCAACCAUCUUCUCCCAUGUCUACACAAUUAAGGUGGCAGGAGAAGACCCACCAGACAAAGACGCCUCCCCGCCUCCCCAAGAGGCCUUAGGCCCUCCUGGGUCUUCUCGUGGAGGGGGCCAGCAUGAGCACACCCUGGAAGGAUCCGAUCAGGAGCACGUGGUGUUCACCCAUCGCAUCAACCUCCCACCGCAGUCUUGUGGGUGUCCACCUGGCACCGAAGAUACCCGGGAGCUCUGGAGAAGGCUGCAGGCCCUUGAGAGUGAAGUGCGGGUCCUACAGGAAACCUGCCAAGCUGGGGGAGGCUGUUGCCCUGCUGCUGCGUCCACCAGUAGUCAAGCCAGCGAAGGCCAAACAGACAUUCGCACGUUAUGUUCGCACCAUGGAUCCUUUGACCUCUCUCGCUGCCUGUGUGAAUGCGAGUCAGGUUGGGGCGGUCCCACCUGCGCGGAGCCGGUCUGCUCCGAAGGCUGCGGGGGCGCAGAACGUGGCAGUUGUGUGAACGGGCACUGCCAAUGCCAGCCUGGCUACUCAGGGGUCAGCUGCGAAGAGCCACCCUCUUGCCCCGAUGACUGCAAUGACCAAGGGCGCUGUGUGGAGGGCCGCUGCACCUGCUUCCCAGGAUAUGUGGGCCCCUCCUGCUCUGACCCAGUUUGUCCCCAGAACUGCCACGGACAUGGCCAGUGCAUCUCAGGAGGGUGCGUGUGCAACCCGGGUUACACUGGGACCGAUUGUGCAACCCGAGCUUGCCCUAGCAACUGCAACAGGCAUGGAGAAUGCCGCAAUGGACGCUGUGUGUGCGAGCCAGGCUUCACCGGGCCGGCCUGCGGCACCAAGACUUGCCCCAACGAUUGUAACCAGAGAGGCCACUGUCUGCAAGGAGGGGUGUGUACCUGCCACCCAGAUUACACCGGCCCCGACUGUGGUCAGCUGGCAUGUCUGGGGCACUGCAGUGGUCACGGAGAAUGUCAGAAUGGAACGUGCGUGUGCAACAGUGGCUAUUCGGGCGAGGACUGUUCAGUAGAGAUUCCAUCCAUUGGUGUCCGUGUCUCAAAUCGAGAUGAAACCUCUUUCCGCCUGGAGUGGAACUACCCCGAGAUUUCUGUGGACGGAUAUGAGAUCUACGUGGCACCCACGAAGAAUCCUCGGGCAGGUGAAUCCACACACCUGUCUGGCACCGAAAGGAUCUUUGAAUACAAAGGAUUGAAACCGGGGGAGGAAUACACAGUCACCGUUCGGGUAGAAAAAGGGCAACACUACGGACCCCCUGUCACCCAGACCGUGCGUACGCGAGUGGCCCCUCCCAAUGGCCUGCACUCAUCACAGGUGUCUGAAAACUCCCUGACCUUGCAAUGGGAACCACCUACCUCUCGCCCCGAUGGCUACGUCCUCAGCUACGUCCCUCUGUCUCCCACUCGACCCGUCCAAGCCAUGAAACGUGUAGAGCUGCCGGCAGUCCCUGAGCGUGUUACCUUGGAAGACCUGGAGAGCAGAACGCGAUACCGCAUCACCUUGGUUGCCCGUCAGAGUGGCGAGAACAGCCGAGCCACCAGCAUUGUUGUCAGCACCACAGCACCAGCUCCAAUUCAGCCAAGUCGCCACCACUUGACACCAACCCCCUCUUCCCAUAAAAAGCCAGACACUUCCUCUUCUGAGCCUGAAGAGAAGAAACCUGGCACUAAACCACAUCCGGGUCGCCGCCCGGCGAACACCACCUUGCUGACUAAGGAGCACUUCCUGAAGAGAAUGACCCAGAAUAUCUCAUCCAAACUGUCCCCCUACAAUGGGACUCUCCUUGAGCGGCUCGAGAGCUACCUCCGGGCCAUCAGAUUCCCUCUCCGAGGCAACCAGACAAUCCAGAGUGUGGCCAGGGACAUCUACCUCUACCUCAAGCGUGCAAAGCCAAUUGAGUUUCAAGAGAAGGUUGAAGAACGUCUUGUCCACGAAACCAGUAACUUGCCCGUGAAAAGGGAAUUCCCAGUAACCGAAACAGAGAGCGUCUACUCAGAGGGAUACCUCCGUCCAGACCACGCCAAGCCAACCGUGGUGACCAGCUCCCCCGAUCACAUUGAGGUGUCUUUGGACAGCGUGAGGGGGAUUUCUGACCAUGUGGUCAUCCGCUACCGAAACAUGGUGACUGGAGAAAUAAAGGAGUUAGUGGUGCCUGGAAAUGCGUCUACAGCCAUCAUCACCGGAUUGUCACCCGGAACAACCUACUUGAUGGAAAUUCAUGGGGUCAUGAAAGGACAUUCCUCUAAGUCAUACUCCUUUAUAACUGCCACAGCUCCAAGUUCACCAACGAAUGACAAGAUCCGAACCAUCACCCCACCCAUCUUAACUCCGCUGAAGAACCUACAAGUGACCGAAGUCUCUCCGAACCAGCUCCGUGAUGCCGAGGGCAAGCCCAAGGUGCUCCGAAUGGACAAGAACACCCGAGAAGCCACGAUUUCUAACUUGGUGCCCUCCCGAAAAUACCGAUUCAACUUUUACGUUAUCCUAGGCCGUAAGCCCUUUGGCCCCGUGUCCUUGGAAGUAGUCCCAGGCUCCAGUAGCACUUUUAAAGACGUUUCUGCCACUGUCACUAGCAAUUCUGCCCACUUGUCCUGGACAGUCUUCUCUGGGACCUUCGAUUCCUUUUUGAUUCAGUAUAAAGAUGCUGAAGGCAGACUCCGAGAGCUGUCCACCGAGGGAGAUUCUCAUGAAAUCACCAUCCCUGACCUGGCUCCUUCCCACAGAUACACAAUAGAUCUCUAUGGCAUCUCCAACCAGAGACGUCUGGGUCCUGCCUCUAUCACUUUUAUCACAGGUUCACAGGAAGACGUAACUGUCCACAAAACCAUCCUCAGUGAUCUGGCUGUCUCAGAGGUGACCAGCAACUCUGUCCAUCUUACAUGGAAAGUGCCGACCGGCAGAUUUGAUUCCUUUUUACUCCAGUAUCAAGACUUGGAAGGCAGUGAUCAAGCCCUGCCUAUGGACGGAGAUUCCCGCGAAGCCAUCAUUCCCAAUUUGGGUCCCUCCCAAAGAUACAGAUUCAACCUCUACGGCAUCUUGGGGACACAGCGCUUUGGACCUAUCUUUGCAGACGCUGUGACAGCUGCAGUUCAGGAACCAAAAAAGGAGAAACCAGAUGAAACGAUAGCGAUUAAGCCCAGCCUGGGCGAGUUCUCAGUCCUUGACGUCACAAGCAAUUCUGUCCAUCUUUAUUGGACCGUCCCCACUGGGAGCUUUGACUCCUUCUUGAUCCAGUACAAGGAUGCAGAUGGCCAACCCCAAGCAUUGCCUGUGGAGGGAGGCUCUCAUGAAGUUACUGUGACCAACCUAGUUCCUUCUCGCAGAUACAAGUUCAACCUCUAUGGAGUCUCUGGACGCAAACGCUCUAGUCCCCUCUCUACUGACGCCACCACAGCCCACAUAAGAGGUUCAGGGAAGCCAAUUCCUGUUCAACCCAGCCUAGGAGAUUUCUCCAUCCUUGAUGUCACGAGUGAUUCUGUCCGACUCCAUUGGACCGUCCCCACUGGGAGUUUUGACUCCUUCCUGAUCCAGUACAAGGAUGCAGAUGGGCAAACCCAAAUGUUGCCUGUGGAGGGAAGCUUCAACGAAGUCACUGUGACCAACCUGGUUCCUUCUCGCAGAUACAAGUUCAACCUCUAUGGAGUCUCAGGGCGCAAACGUUCCACCCCGCUUUCCACUGAUGCCACCACAGUUCAAGCCACAAAGCCCGAGAAGCCAGCUUCUUUCCAAUCCAGCCUGGGAGAACUGUCAGCGCUUGAUGUCACAAGUGAUUCUGUCCGACUCCAUUGGACCGUCCCCACCGGGAGUUUUGACUCCUUCCUGAUCCAGUACAAGGAUGCAAGUGGCCAACCUCAGGCAUUGCCCGUGGAGGGAGGCUCCCGUGAAAUCACUGUGACCAACCUGGUUCCUUCGCGCAGAUACAAGUUCAAUCUCUAUGGAGUCUCAGGGCGCAAACGCUCCAACGCUAUCUCUACUUUUGCCACGACAGUCUCAGAGGACACAAGUCCUCUCCAACCUAGUCUUGGAGAGUUGUCAGUCCUUGACGUCACAAGUGAUUCUGUCCGACUCCAUUGGACGGUCCCUACCGGGAGCUUUGACUCCUUCUUGAUCCAGUACAAGGAUGCAGAUGGUCAACCCCAAGCCCUGCCUGUGGAGGGAGGCUCCACUGAGGUCACGGUGACCGACCUGGCUCCUUCCCGCAGAUACAAGUUCAACCUCUAUGGGGUCUCUGGGAAAAAACGUUCCAGGCCGCUCACCACCGAGGCCACCACAGUCCGCUUUGCUGACUCAGAGAAGCCAGUUCCUGUUCAACCCAGCCUAGGGGAGUUUUCCGUCCUUGAUGCCACAAGCAAUUCUGUCCGUCUUUAUUGGACGGUCCCCACUGGGAGUUUUGACUCCUUCUUGAUCCAAUACAAGGAUGCAGAUGGCCAACCUCAAGCUUUGCCAGUUGAGGGAGGAUCCCGUGAAGUUGCCGUGACCGACCUGGCUCCUUCUCACAGAUACAAGUUCAACCUCUACGGAGUCUCUGGGCACAAGCGCUCCAGCCCCCUCUCUACCGAUGCCACUACAGUUCACUUGGCAGAGGAACCAGUUCCUACCCAACUCAGCCUGGGGAAGUUCUCGGUUGUCGAUGUCACAAGUAAUUCUGUCCGACUCCAUUGGACUGUCCCCAGCGGGACCUUUGAUUCCUUCCUGAUCCACUACAAGAAUGCAGAUGGACAACCUCAAGAGUUGCCCAUAGAAGGAGACUCCAGUCAAGUCACAGUGACCAACCUGGCUCCUUCCCACAUAUACAAGUUCAACCUCUAUGGAAUCUCUGGGCACCAACCCUCCAGCCCCCUCUCCACAGAUGCCACCACCACAGCCCGCCUUACAGACACAGAGGACCCAAUUCCUGUCCAACCCAGCCUAGGGGACUUUUCCAUCCUUGAUGUCACGAGUGAUUCUGUCCGUCUCCAAUGGACCAUCCCCACUGGGAGAUUUGACUCCUUCCUAGUCCAGUACAAAGAUGCAGAUGGCCAACCUCAAGCGUUACCUGUGGAGGGAGGCUCCCAUGAAGUCAUUGUGACCAACCUGGCUCCUUCUCGCAGAUACAAGUUCAACCUCUAUGGGGUCUCCGGGCGCAAACGCUCCGGGCCCCUUUCCAUCGAUGCCACCACCACAGACCAUCUUACAGACUCAGAGAAGCCAAUUCCUGCCCAACCCAGCCUAGGAGAGUUUUCCGUCCUUGAUGUCACGACUCCUAUUCCAGAUGGUGAGACGGCGAUUCCUGUUCAACCCAUCCUGGGAGAGUUAUCCGUGUUUGAUAUCACAAGUGAUUCUGUCCGUCUCUAUUGGACCGUUUCCACCGGGAGCUUUGACUCCUUCUUGAUCCAGUACAAGGAUGCAGAUGGUCAACCCCAAAUGUUGCCUGUGGAGGGAGGCUCCCGUGAAGUCACCGUGACCAAUCUGGUUCCUUCUCGCAGAUACAAGUUCAACCUCUAUGGAGUCUCAGGGCGCAAACGCUCCAGCCCUCUCUCCACUGAUGCCACCACAGUUUCAAAGAAGGCUACCACUGUCCAACCCAGCCUAGGGGAGUUCUCCGUCCUUGACGUCACAAGCGAUUCUGUCCGUCUCCAUUGGACCGUCCCCACUGGGAACUUUGAUUCCUUCCUGGUCCAGUACAAAGAUGCAGAUGGCCAAUCCCAAGCAUUGCCUGUGGAGGGAGUUUUCAAUGAAGUCACAGUGACUGACUUGGUUCCUUUACGCAGAUACAAGUUCAAUCUCUAUGGAGUCUCUGGGCGUAAACGUUCCAGGCCUCUCUCCACUGAUGCCACCACAGCUCACCUUACCCAUUCAAAGGAGGAAAUUUCUAACCAACCCAGCCUGGCGGAGUUCUCCGUCCUGGACGUCACAAGCGAUUCUGUCCAUCUCCAUUGGACCGUCCCCACUGGGAACUUUGACUCCUUCCUGGUUCAAUACAAGGAUGCAGAUGGCCAACCUCAAGCAUUGCCUGUAGAAGGAAGCUCUCAAGAAGUCACCGUGACAAACCUGGUUCCUUCACGCAGAUACAAAUUCAACCUCUAUGGAAUCUUGGGGCAUAAACGCUCCCAGCCCCUCUCUACUGAUGCCACCACAGCACAUCUUACAGUCUCAGAGGACACAAGUCCUCUCCAACCUAGUCUUGGAGAGUUGUCAGUCCUUGACGUCACAAGUGAUUCUAUCCGACUCCAUUGGACGGUCCCUACCGGGAGCUUUGACUCCUUCUUGAUCCAGUACAAGGAUGCAGAUAGUCAACCCCAAGCCCUGCCUGUGGAGGGAGGCUCCACUGAGGUCACGGUGACCGACCUGGCUCCUUCCCGCAGAUACAAGUUCAACCUCUAUGGGGUCUCUGGGAAAAAACGUUCCAGGCCGCUCACCACCGAGGCCACCACAGCCCACAUUAGAGACCCAGGGGAGCCAAUUCCUGUCCAACCCAGCCUAGGAGACUUCUCAGUUCUUGAGGUGACGAGUGAUUCUGUCCGACUCCAUUGGACCGUCCCCACUGGGAGUUUUGACUCCUUUUUGAUCCAGUACAAGGAUACAGAUGGUCAACCUCGAGUGUUGCCUGUGGAGGGAAGCCUCAAUGAAGUCACAGUGACCAGCCUGGCUCCUUCUCACCAAUAUAAAUUCAACCUCUAUGGAGUCUCUGGGGGCAAACGCUCCAGCCCUCUGUCCAUUGAUGCCACCACAGCUCACCUUCCAGAUUCAGAGCAGCCAGUUCCUGUCCAACCCAGCCUGGGGCAGUUCUCAGUUGUGGAUGUCACAAGCGACUCUGUCCGACUCCAUUGGACCGUCCCCACUGGGAGCUUUGACUCCUUCUUGAUCCAGUACAAGGAUGCAGAUGGGCAAUCCCAAGCAUUGCCUGUGGAGGGAGGCGUCAGUGAAGUCACUGUGACCAACCUGGCUCCUUCCCAUAGAUACAAGUUCAAUCUCCAUGGAGUCUCUGGGCGCAAGCGGUCCAGCCCCCUCUCCACAGAUGCCACCACAGCUCAAAUCACAGAGGAGGCAAUUCCCAUCCAACCCAGCCUAGGGGAGUUCUCCGUCCUUGAUGUCACAAGGGAUUCUGUCCGUCUCCAUUGGACCGUCCUCACUGGGAACUUUGACUCCUUCCUGGUCCAGUACAAGGAUGCAGAUGGCCAACCCCAAGCGUUGCCUGUGGAGGGAAGCCUCAAUGAAGUCACUGUGACCAACCUAGCUCCUUCUCGCAGAUAUAAGUUCAACCUCUACGGAGUCUCUGGGCACGAACGCUCCAGCCCCCUCUCCACCGAUGCCACCACAGCCCACCUUACAGACUCAGAGAAGCCAAUUCCUGCCCAUCCCAGCCUAGGAGAGUUUUCCGUCCUUGAUGUCACGAGUGAUUCUGUCCGACUCCAUUGGACCGUCCCCACUGGGAGGUUUGACUCCUUCCUGGUCCAGUACAAGGAUGCAGAUGGCCAACCUCAAGCAUUGCCUGUGGAGAGAGACUCCCGUGAAGUCACAUUGACCGACCUGGCUCCAUCCCGCAGAUACAAGUUCAACCUCUAUGGCAUCUCCGGGCAAAAACGCUCCAGGCCCCUCUCCACAGAUGCCACCACAGCUCCUAUUCCAGAUGGUGAGACGGCGAUUCCUGUUCAACCCAGCCUGGGAGAGUUAUCCGUGUUUGAUAUCACAAGUGAUUCUGUCCGUCUCUAUUGGACCGUUUCCACCGGGAGCUUUGACUCCUUCUUGAUCCAGUACAAGGAUGCAGAUGGUCAACCCCAAAUGUUGCCUGUGGAGGGAGGCUCCCGUGAAGUCACUGUGACCAACCUGGCUCCUUCUCGCAGAUACAAGUUCAACCUCUAUGGAGUCUCAGGGCGCAAACGCUCCACCCCGCUUUCCACUGAGGCCACCACAGACCCAGGGGAGCCAAUUCCUGUCCAACCCAGCCUAGGAGACUUCUCAGUCCUUGAGGUGACGAGUGAUUCUGUCCGACUCCAUUGGACCGUCCCCACUGGGAGCUUUGACUCCUUCCUGAUCCAGUACAAGGAUGCAGAUGGGCAAUCCCAAGCAUUGCCUGUGGAGGGAAGCCUCAAUGAAGUCACAGUGACCAACCUGGCUCCUUUACGUAGAUACAAGUUCAAUCUCUAUGGAGUCUCUGGACGCAAGCGCUCCGGCCCCCUCUCCACCGAUGCCACCACAGCUCAAACCACAGAUUCAGGAGAGGCAAUUCCCGUCCAAGCAACCUUGGGAGAGUUAUCUGUCCUGGACAUCACUAGCAAUUCUGUCCGUCUCCAUUGGACCGUCCCUGCUGGGACCUUUGACUCCUUCCUGGUCCAGUACAAGGAUGCAGAUGGUCAACCCCAAGUGUUGCCUGUGGAGGGAGGCUCCCGUGAGGUCACCGUGUCCAACCUGGCUCCUUCCCACCGAUAUAAGUUCCUCCUCUACGGGGUCUCUGGACGCAAAAAGACCAGCGUCCUCUCCGCCAAUGCCUUUACAGACCCACCUUCAGAGGCAGAAGAUGCAAUUCCUGUCCAACCUAGUCUUGGGGAGCUCUCCGUCCUUGACGUCACAAGCAAUUCUGUUCGUCUCCAUUGGACCGUCCCCACCGGGAGCUUUGACUCCUUCCUGAUCCAAUACAAGGAUGCAGAUGGCCAACCUCAAGCGUUACCUGUGGAGGGAGGCUCCACUGAGGUCACGGUGACCAACCUGGCUCCUUCUCGCAGAUACAAGUUCAACCUCUAUGGGGUCUCUGGGCGCAAACGCUCCAGGCCUCUCUCUACCGAUGCCACCACAGCUCGCCUUACAGACUCAAAGGAGCCAGUUCCUGUCCAACCCAGCCUAGGAGAUUUCACAGUUCUUGAUGUCACGAGCGAUUCUGUCCGUCUCCAUUGGACUGUCCCCACUGGGACCUUUGAUUCCUUCCUGGUACAGUACAAGGAUGCAGAUGGCCAACCUCAAGCGUUGCCUGUGGAGGGAGACUCCCGUGAAGUCACAUUGACCAAGCUAGUUCCUUCACGCAGAUACAAGUUCAACCUCUAUGGGGUCUCCGGGCGCAAACGCUCUGGGCCCCUCUCCACUGAUGCCACCACCUCAGCCCACCUUCCAGAUUUGGAGGAGACCAAUCCUGUCCAAACCAGCCUGGGCGAGUUCUCAGUCCUUGACGUCACAAGCGAUUCUGUCCGUCUCUAUUGGACCAUCCCCUCUGGGAGUUUUGACUCCUUCCUGAUCCAGUACAAGGAUGCAGAUGGCCAACCCCAAGCAUUGCCUAUAGAGGGAAGCUUCAGUGAAGUCACAGUGACCGACCUGGUUCCUUCACACAGAUACGAGUUCAAUCUUUAUGGGGUCUCUGGGCGCAAACGCUCCAGCCCCCUCUCCACUGAUGCCAUCACAGCCCCAUUAGCCACAACACCACCGGUUCAGCCCAGCUUGGGAGAGCUUUCUGUUUCCAACCUUACCCACAAUUCUGCACUUCUCUCCUGGACUGUCCACGCUGGAAAUUUUGACUCUUUUAUGAUCCAGUACAAGGACGUGGAUGGCAAGCCCCAAGCCGUCCCCGUGGAAGGGAACUCUUACGAAGUCCUCCUCCCCAACCUGGUUCCUGGCCGAAGAUAUAGAUUUAAUCUCUACGGUGUCUCCGGUCGCAAGCGUUUGGGCCCUGUUUCAGUUGAUGCCAUCACAGCAUCCACCACAAAGAAGGAAGCGACACCAAAGCCCUCUUUAGGAGAACUCUCCAUCUCUGAGGUCAGCCGCAACUCUGUUCUUCUCUCUUGGACCGUCUCCGUGGGGAGCUUUGACUCCUUCCUGCUCCAAUAUAAAGACGAGGAGGGCAGAACCCAAACCCUGCCCGUGGGGGGAGAUUCAUAUGAAGUCGCUGUUUUGAACCUGACUCCAUCCCACAAGUACAAGUUCAACCUUUAUGGAAUUUCUGGUCAAAAACGUAUUGGUCCUAUUUCUUCUGAAGCCACCACAGAGGAGGAGAAGGAAGAAGACAAAGAUGGGGAGAAUCAGCCUAGCUUGGGGGAACUCUCCAUCUCUGAAACCACCAGCAAUUCUCUUCACCUUUCCUGGAGUGUCCCAACGGGGAGCUUUGACUCCUUCCUGAUUCAGUACGAAGACGGAGCUCUGCAGAGCUUGCCUGUGGAUGGGGCUUCCCGUGAAACAGUGGUCUCCAACCUGACUCCAUCUCACAAUUACCAGUUUGACCUCUACGGCAUCUCUGGUGGCAAACGCCUGGGCCCCAUCUCCGCCGAGGCCUUAACAGCUCCACUAUCUCCAAGUCAGGACAGAGAAGAGAGCGGAUCUCCAGGGCCGUCUCCAAAUCCCAGUUUUGGGGAGCUCUCUGUGUCUGAUGUCACCAGCAACUCAGUCCGCCUCUCUUGGAACGUCCCCGCUGAGACCUUUGACUCCUUCCAGAUCCAAUACAAAGAUGCAGAAAACAAACCACAAAUGAUCCCCGUGGACAAGGAAACCAACACCAUUGUGAUAUAUUACCUGGUACCUACCUAUAGGUACAAGUUCAAUCUGUAUGGCAUCUCUGGACGUAGGCGUUUUGGACCAAUCACCGUCAGCGCCAUCACAGCACCAGGGGACAAUGUAGAUAGGAACCAGGAGGUCUCUGGUGGAAUAAGCCCUCGCUUGGGCGGACUUUCAGUCUCAGAGGUCACCAGUCAUUCGGCCCGGCUAUCCUGGACCAUCCCAGAGGGAAGCUUUGAUGCUUUCUCAGUCCAGUACAAAGAUGCUGAAGGAAGACCCCAAGCGCUCCCUUUAAGAGGAGACUCCCGUGAAGUCAUCGUUUCAAAUCUAUCACCUUCUCACAAGUACAAAUUCAAUCUUUAUGGUAUCUUUGGAAAACAGCGUCUCGGACCAAUCUCUGCCCAAGCGGUCACAACAGCUGCAGAAACAUCUGGGCAGGUUGAAGAAAAGAAACAACCGGAGGAAAGUACAGGCAAGAGCACCCAGCCCAACCUUGGAAAUGUCACUGUCUCUGAAGUCACCCCUGAUUCCCUUCUGCUCUCCUGGAAUGUCCAGGAAGGACACUUUGACUCUUUCAUCAUCCAGUACAAGGAUGCUGCAGGCAAGCCCCAGGCGGUACCUGUUGAUGGCAACGCCCGGGAUGUGGUCAUUUCCAACUUGGUGCCCUCCCACAUAUAUAAGUUCAACCUCUACGGCAUCUCUCAACAGAAACGAUUCGGUCCCGUCUCUACUGAAGCGGUCACAGCUCAAGUGAAGGACUCAGAGACAAAACCCAAACUGGGCGAUCUCUCCAUCUCCGGAGUCACCAAUGAUUCUGUCCGUCUUUCAUGGACCGUCUCGUCCGGGAGAUUUGACUCUUUUCUUAUCCGAUACAAAGACGCCCAAGGGAACCCUCAAAACGUGCCUGUUGGCGUGGACUCUCAGACCGUUUUCAUCUCUAACUUAAUACCGUCUCACAAAUACAAGUUCAGCCUUUUCGGCAUCUCUGGGAAGAAACAGUUUGGACCAGUUUCAAUUGAUGCUGUCACAGCAGCUUUUUCGGAAAGCGCCAGCAGUCCAGCCCCUUUGCUCAGUUCUCUUGUGGUCUCUGAAGUGACCUCUACAACUCUGCAGCUCAGCUGGGAUGUCCCAGAGGGGGAGUUUGACUCCUUCGUCGUGAGAUGGAAGGACAAUUUGGGCAGCGGCCAAACGCCUGUCCCAGCCAAAGAAGUUAAAGUGCCCGGGGACGAACGCUCCGUCACCCUCCAAGGACUCGCACCCAGUACCGAAUACAGCCUGACAGUCUAUGGCAUCAAAGAUGAGUCAGAAGUGGCCGAUAUCAACACCGGAGCAAAGACAAGCGGGCUAGAGCUGGAUGGUCCCCAGGACUUGCGGUUCAGUGACAUUCAUGAGACCUCUGUGGUAACCAACUGGAGCCCUCCGUCUUCUCGCAUUGAUGGCUACAAAGUUUCUUUCCAGCCCUCAGAUGGGGGGGAGCCCAAGAGCAUUUCGGUGGAUGGAUCUGAACUCAGGACAUUCAUUGAGGGUCUGACUCCUGGGGCCAGCUACGAGGUCGCUGUAAUGUCUAUACGUGGGUUUGAAGAGAGUGAGCCAUUGGUGGGCUAUGUCACCACAGGCUCACAGGUCUCUGAAUCAGUACCAGGAAAUCGUGUCCAACUUCAGCUGUCAGAGCUGCAAAGGGACAUGGAAUAUUGGGCCAAUGUCUAUGGAGAAAAGGAAGGAAACCGAAGUUCUCCCAUCAGCGCUACUUUCACUACUGGAGCAGAUGGGCCCCGGGACCUGCAUGCUACAGAAAUUUCACCUCGCAGUGCGCAUCUCAUCUGGUCACCCCCCAGGGCUUCCCCUGAGGGGUAUCUGUUGAGUUAUGAGACCCCUGAUGGACAAUCAAAGGAGAUCCCUCUGGAUGCUUCCGUCACCUCGUAUGAACUUCAAGAUCUGAUUCCUUCAAGCCGGUACCAGGUCCAAGUCCAGGCAGUGAGGAGGGACACUCCAACAGCUCCCAUCUCCACUUCUUUCACCACUGGGCACCUGACAUACCCCUUCCCUCGGGACUGCUCGGAAGAAAUCCAAAAUGGGCCAGGACCUUCACGAGCAACAACAAUUUAUCUAGGGGGCAACCGGGAACGUCCCUUGAGGGUGUUUUGUGACAUGGAGACAGAUGGGGGAGGCUGGAUUGUCUUUCAACGUCGGAUGAACGGUGAGACAGAUUUCUGGCGGGACUGGCAAAAUUAUGCUCUUGGUUUUGGCAACCUCACCCGGGAAUUUUGGCUAGGAAAUGACGCUCUGCACCAGCUGACAUCUUCAGGGGAUUACGAGCUACGCGUGGAUCUCCGUGCCAGGGAUGAGUCGGUCUACGCCACCUAUCAGAGCUUCCGUGUGGACCCACCUGCUGACUAUUACCGCCUGCAUCUGGGCAGUUACCAUGGCACAGCGGGUGAUUCCUUGAGCUACCACUCAGGGAGCGUUUUCUCCACUCGGGACCGGGACCCGAAUCGGGUCAUCAUCCCCUGUGCCAUCUCUUACCGUGGGGCAUGGUGGUAUCGCAACUGCCACUACACCAACCUCAAUGGGCUCUACGCUAACAACCGUGAUCACCAGGGUGUCAACUGGUUUAACUGGAAAGGAUUCGAGUUUUCCAUUCCUUUCACUGAGAUGAAACUGCGGCCUAGCAGCUUCCGCCCGCUGCAGCGGUCGUGAGUGGGACGCAGGAUGGACUAAGGGAGAAAGCCGCGGAGGGAAAGCAGCGACGACAGCAGAAAAUCCCAGCAACGACCCCUUUGCAACAGGAUACCUCACAUCUGGCCUCUGUUCUGCUUCUCUGGCCCAUCCUGAGGGGAAAAAAAAAGGAAUGCAUCGAAACCAAGGGGGGAAAAAAAGACCUUUGGAGACUUGAGAAGACCCACCUCAGUCAAAAGGAAGAGAGAGCUCAGAAACAGAGUCUGAGAGGAAAAAAGCAAUUAAUCUGACUACAGGCAGUCCCCCCCUACUUAUGGCCACAGCUGGAACCAGAAUCUUUUUAUUACUAAGCAAGGUGAUUGUUAAGUGGGUCGCAGCCAGUUUUACGACCUUUUUUUUGGGCCAUGUUUGUGAAGUGAACGAGCGCAGCCGCAAACCGAAUCGUGCAGUCGUUAAGCAAAUCUGACUCGCCCCGUUGGCUUCGCUUGUGGGAAGGCCGCAAACGGUGAUCACAGGAGCUUGGCCCGCUGCGACCGUCAUAAAUAACAUGCCGGUCAUGCCAAGCUGCCGAAUUUCGAUCCCAUGACUGUGGCACGAGAACUGGUUGUAAAUCACUUUUUGGGGGGCCUCGUAACUUUUUGAAUGGUCAUUAAAUGAAUGGUUGUAAUUGGA